AUGUUCACAGGCAUUGUCGAGGCCGUAGGCACGGUCACCCGGCUAGACCAGCACGAUGCAUCCGCCAGCGGUGGUGGGGGCACUUCCUUGACGAUAUCCAAUUGCUCUGAGAUCCUGGAGGACGCACAUCUGGGCGACAGCAUCAGCAUCAACGGGACCUGCUUGACGGUCACGGAGUUUACGGAAGAUGCCUUCAAAGUCGGAGUGUCUCCAGAGACUCUUCGCUUAACGAACCUGGGCAGCCUCAAGGAAGGCAGCGGAGUCAACCUAGAGCGUGCCGUGAGCGCCACUACUCGCAUGGGAGGUCACUUUGUCCAAGGGCAUGUGGACACUAUCGCCAACAUCCUUGAGACAAGACCAGAUGGAAACGCCAUCACAUUUCGCUUCCAGCCAAAGGACAAGAGCAUACUGAGGUACAUUGUAAAGAAAGGCUAUGUCACGCUCGACGGCGCUUCUUUGACAGUAACAGCCGUCGACGAUGAAGCGGGCUGGUGGGAGAUCAUGUUGAUCGCAUAUUCUCAAGAGAAGGUGGUCAUGGCGAGGAAGAAGCAGGGCGACGAUGUGAAUGUGGAGGUGGACAUGGUGGGCAAGUACGUCGAGAAGAGCGUGACUGCGUACUUUGAAGGAAGUGCUUGGGAUGGUGGCUCCAUGAUGGAGAAGAUGGUGCAACGCAUGGUAGACGAGCGGUUGAAGAAUAAGUAG